UGUCAGUGUAAGCACACUGCUUUGCAUGGCUGUGCUGUGCUGUUCAUUAACAGUCAGUGUGUUAGUCAGUUCCCACUCAGUGUCAGUUAGUUGUAAAGCACACACAGCACACAGUUAACCAUUUGAUCACCCCAAAUGUUAACCCCUUCCUGCCCAGUGUCAUUAGUACAGUGUCAGUGCUUUUUAUUAGCACUGAUCACUUUAUUGGUGUCACUGGGGAUGUCAGUGACAGUUAAUCAUUUCCCCACCCCAGUGUCAGAAUGUGCGCCGCAGUCCUGC